UUCAGCUCCAUGGGAAAUUUGGAUGUGUUUUCGAUAUCAUAAUUUACACAAGUUGAAACCCAUGUUUGCUGACAUUAAUGUAAGUCAUUAAAAAUUAUGCCACAAGCAGUAGUGCUCUGAUGUGGGUUUUCAGUGUUAACCAGAUGGAAUAUUGCUUCAAACCAGACAGAAUUAAUACCCAUCGCAGAACAUGUACUGUAAUAAGUAUUAUGCUUGAUACGCUCCCAUCUAGGGUAGGAGCGCAGCAUCAAAGUAUUUUUACCCAGGGGGAGCCCAGACCAAAACAACAAACACAAGAAACCUAACUCCACAAAGUACAAUCUAAUCAGCCGCAAGCCACUGGUCACAAUUGUCUGCGAAAGGAAGAAAACCUCGUAAAACAUACAUAUUUUCCGACUUUCUUGUAUUAUCCUGUAAAUAAAUCUAAGGUUAUAACUACUCAAUAGACAUAAUGGAAAGAAUUUAAACUUAAAUUCAAGCAAUCACAGGUUUUACUGGCACAUUCCCUGAAUAAUUGCAGAUGUGACAGUGAUAAUCUGCUAAAAAUAACAGUCACACUCACUCCAGCUAGAAACAAGAAUGGGGAUUUGAUGACAUGUGGAAUAUAAAUCUGCCCUCUAUAGAAAGAACUGGUUCUUCAAAGGCGUUUUAUUUCUUAAAAGCAAUUAUUACAGAGUAGUAACACUGAAGGUACGUGCCCAUAACCAUGGUUUUGCGGGCACCAGGGUGUGCUUCUUCCGCAGCGGAGCUAACAGUUAGCCGCAGCUCCGUGUGUAGCACUGUGUGUGCCUGGUCACGAGCCGCUAAUGUAGCGUAGCGUUCGUCACUGGGUGAAAAAGCAGCCGCCAUUUCAUCCUGCGAGGUUCCCAACACACAGUGCAGCUGCUGAAGUGACCUGGCAUCUCCAAAAUGGUAAAACUAUUCAUUGGGAACUUGUCCGCUGACACCACAUCAGAUGAGCUACGUUCUCUGUUCUCCCAGUACGGCAAGAUUUCGGAAUGUACCAUCGUCAAGAACUUUGGCUUCGUGCACAUGGAUAACAAAUCGGAGGCAGAAGAGGCCAUCCGCAACCUCCACCAUUAUGAGCUAAAUGGCCAGCCCAUGAAUGUAGAGUUGAGCCGUGGCAAUAUAAAAGGAUCCACCAAACUACACGUUGGCAACAUCGCUUGUACCAACCAGGAGCUGAGGGCUAAGUUUGAAGAGUUUGGUUCCGUGGUGGAGUGUGACAUAGUAAAAAACUAUGCAUUUGUUCACAUGGAGCAAAUGGAGGAUGCCAUGGAGGCCAUUAAUCAUUUAGACAACACAGCUUUUAAAGGUGAACUCUUGGGCCGGGCUUAAUGGGGACCUUUCCCUUUAUUACAUAUAUAUUGUAUGUAGAUUAUUUAAUCAUGUUCUUAUGAAUUGACAGGUAAGUUGUGGAUGUGUUUCAGGUGAGUACAAAGAGAAAGAUGAAGGGAUAUUGCUAAGCUGAAGAAAGUAAUGCUGACCCAAAUACUAAUUUUAAAGCUGGUAUCCGUAAUGUCGUUGGUAAUAUCCGUCUGUUUAGUACAUUGUAGAAAAACACAACUAGACACUUACUGUAAUUUAUGAUUUCCACCGCCGGUCAGUUUUAUACUAGAAGGAACAAACCAUCUGUGUAUUUUAACCAAUCAAAACUCAGCUGCAUCCAGUAAGGACAGGAUGUACACCAAAACUGUUUAUAUUUCAUAUGGUCAGCAUGCACGUGUUUCUCUGUGCGGUCAUUUUUUCGGUGCUCUCUGAAACGUGGACAGAUUAUGGCUCAAAUGAUAAUUUCUGCGUCACGCAGAUGCAGAAAUGAUAAUUUGAGCUGACAAACUGAUGAGGAAGUUCGGAUUUCAAGCUUCCUGGCACUCUUCUGUGAUAAUUCAGCGGUUUUGGUGUACUGUUGUACGAAAGAUUUUCUGCAUUAAAUAUUCAUAAAAUCGUAUAUCAUCUGAGUUACUGAGUACAGACAAACACAAACUGCUAAAGCUUAUAACAAGAAUUCAACACAUCCAUUAAACAUUCCCAGUGCUGGUGAAAAGGGGAGUGAAGUUUUGAAUUUAAUAACUGGUUGAUCGUCCUUUGGCAGCAACCAGCUUAGAUCAUUUUUAUUUCAAAUAGAUUGUGUUGGUUCAUUGUAAAUGAGUUCACAAUGCAGAUCAUUUCAAAGGGUUUGGUCAGUACUUGUUAAUGAAUGAACAUCCAUGAAGAUACAGUUUUUUACUGCGGGAUGCAAAAAAGAAUUGAAAUGUUACGGAUUUCAGCUUUAAUAACUGGACUGUCUAAUUCACCAAUCAUAGGCCAUGUUUUAUUGUGACAUUGGCGUAGAGUGACGAUUUUUUUCCUUGACUGACGGAUUAUGGGACCUUUGUAUACCAGACAAGAAAUGUCAAAUAUAUUAUUUGGAAUAAAUGCAGGCAUAAGUC